CUCCCGCCACAUACAAAACCUUCAAAACUCAAAAACUUCCAAAACACUCUUCGCAUUUCCCCCCAAACCCUAAAGAAACCAAACAAUGGCUGACAGAGAAGAGACAGAGAGAGACACUCAUUCUUCAUCAUCAGAUCAUAGAGAGACACAGAGAAAGACUCAAACACGUUCAUCAAUGGCUAUUACUGUGCCUGUGGCCAGCAAGAAGAAGAAGAAGAAGAUCGAGGACAUGGUAAUGGAGAACGAACUCCCAGUAGGUUUCAGGUUCAACCCCACGGACGACGAGCUUGUCACUCACUUCCUCCGCAACAGGAAUCUCGGAAAACCAACCCCUUUCAACGCUGUCAAGGAGUGUGACUUGUACGGCAAGAAAGAGCCUUGGGAAAUCUGGGACAUGUUUUCUGCCGUGGAUGGAUCACGCGUUGUUAGAGAACUGUAUUUCUUCACGAAGCUCAAGACCUAUAACAAUGGCAGACGCAUUGACCGAAGGGUGGGUUCGGGUUCGGGUACGUGGAAAAAGGAACAUCAGUUGAAGACUCCGGGCCUAGUAGGGGUUGAGAAAAGUAGGUUUACCUAUGAAAACAACGAUGACAAGUCGUCGAAGUUGCCUUCUUCCUCGUCCUCGUCGGGACGAAAUGGUAAAUGGAAUUUGAUUGAGUACAAAGACUUGAACCCUCCAAAUCAAGAUUCCAAUGAGUAUGUUGUUUGCCGACUGUCAUAUAGUGGAAAAUGGAGGAAUAACCAUUGAAGAUCUCCUGAUGAGAUGGCUGAUGAUGUCGAUAUGAAUGAUAUUGGUGAACACUCUAACCUGAUGCGAAAUUAGAAACUCUAUGUACAAAAGCAAUAUGAGAAAAAUAGGUAGGUUGAAAGAUGACAGCAACAUGAACCAAGAAAUUUCUUUUGUAUCUGUUAGGAUAUCUCUCUCUUUUUUGGUUGUGUGUGUGUGUGUAUGUGGAAUUUCUUAUUUCACAUGAAAUGUAUCACAGAAAUUACUGAUCA